CCUCCCCGCCCCUCCUCCGCCACUCCUUCCUGGUUCUCCGCGCGGAGCUCAGCGCAGCAGAGCGCAGCCCGGCGCGCGCCGCCCACUCGCCCCGGCUGGGCGCACAGGGACCGCGGGGACCGCGAGCGCGGGCCAGGACGACCCGGAGGACAUGGAGGAGAGACCCACAGAGCCCAACGCCGGCGUGGACAGCUCGGCGUCCCCAUCGGUGGCCCAGCUGGCCGGGCAGUUUCGAGAGCAGGCAGCAGCGGCCAAGGAGACACCAGCCAGUAAACCAAGCAGAAGGAGACCUCCCUGCUCCCUCCCACUGUUCCCCCCCAAGAUAGAGCCAGCUCAGAAUGGUGAGGAGAAAGCAUCUUCCAAUGUCAGCCACGCUCCUAAAAUCAAGGUGAAGAGCUCGCCCCUGAUCGAGAAGCUCCAGGCCAAUCUGACCUUUGAUCCAGCGGCCCUUCUGCCCGGGGCCUCACCCAAAAGUCCUGGCCUCAAGGCCCUGGUGUCCCCGUUUCACAGCCCUCCAUCCACCCCUAGCAGCCCCGGUAUGCGGCCUCGACCCAGCGAGACAGAAGAGGUCCCCGUCAGCUUCGACCAGCCCCCAGAAGGGAGUCACCUGCCCUGCUACAACAAGGUGCGGACGAGGGGCUCUAUCAAAAGGCGCCCCCCUUCCAGAAGGUUCCGAAGGUCUCAGUCGGACUGUGGGGACUUUGGAGAUUUCGGAGCCACCGAGCCAUCUCAGGAGAAUGGUGCCAGGGAGAACGGGGAUGAAGUGUUCCCACCCAAGUGCCACGCCCUGGGCUCCCCACCACCCCAUGGGGGUGUGCUGGGAAGCGGGGUGCUGGUGGGCAAGCCCCCUCUGAGGAGAACAUCGAGCUGCAUAGAGAAGCAGGAGGACAGGCCCAGAUGGAGCCCAGAAGAGGCCAGCAGGAGCUCAGCACAGGAGGGGACCCCCGAGUCACCCCAGACCUCCGGCCCAGAGAAGGCGGAGGACGUGUGUGUGCGCCCUGCAGAGGACAAGGCUGCUGAAGAGGAAGCAGAGCCGGGGAAGUCUGAAGAGGCAGAGGGGGGAGACAAAGAGGGCAGCCCUGGCCAGAAGAGCCAAGAUGCAAAGGCAGAGGAGGGGACCCAGGGGGAGGACACCCCCCAGACUCCUCCCGGAGGAGUGGAAGGCAGCAGCGUCCCCUCAGAGGAGGAAGGCAAAGAAAAGCAAGCUCAGGGCUGCAGCCCCAGCCCUGCCACACCAGAGCCUGGCAGCGACACCCACAGUGGGCCAGCUGUCCCCACGGAUGAGCCCCCGGCGGAAGGUACUAAAAUGUGAGGAGGAGGUCAUGAAGCACCAGUGACGAAGCUGCCAGAGUGACGGAGCUGCUGUCUUGGGAAGCGGCAGCAGCGACAGGAGCAGAAGCAGAAUAUUCACCUGGGGCCGAGUUUCCAAGUGACUGUCUUGGACAGGCGGAGGGUAGAUCCAAGAGCAGCAGAUGUCUAUCAGCUUGAGUCUCUGUCACUAAAUGGAUUUGGUCUAAAACGCAAAUGUAUUUAAAACAGUAAACAGUGGUGACACUGCCCCAGGGACAUGGCCCAGCCUGGGGCCUCUGGAUCCUCCCCAUGCUUUGGCAGCUGGCCUCCUCACCUUUCGGGUGAAGCUUAUCAGACAUUGCCUGUGUAAAGUUACAGCCUUUUUACUGUUCUGAAAUGUUUACGGUUCUCAUAGAUCAGUAAAAAUUAAUACUAAAUGAACAGGAACAAAAGAAAGCAGUCCUGCUGAAAAAUACGAACAAAAGAUCUUACAUGGUAUCACGAUCCAGGAGACAGCCUGUCUGGCACCUUGCUCCAAAUAUGAAGUGCACAAUCGAUUUUGAAAACAUUGGGCUAGAAAAGAUAAUUGAACUUAAAAAAAAAAUGGUAAGUCAGAGGCUGUGGCACAUGCCCGUCAUCCCAGAACACUGUGCGGCUGAGCCAGGAAGGUUGCAAAUUCAACCCCAGCCUGGGCAAUUUAGGGACUUGGUGAGACCCUGUCUCAAAAUCACUAAGAAAGGGCUGAGGACAUAGCUUAGUGCAAGGCCCUGAGUUCAAUUCCCAGUACCAUAGGGGGUGUCAGUAAUACCAACAAGCGCCUUUCUGUUCCCAUAGUUCUAAUUCCCAGCCUUGUGUCCUCCUUGAGGACGCCGUGGGACUCCUACAAAGCUGCGGGAUAUCAAAUGGUCCCCCUGUCCGUGCUGCAUUUCUGCCUCUCUCAAGUGCAGCAGUCCCUAGGGUCCACAGGAUGGGUCACUUACCUGCAGUGAUGGGUUUCGAGCUCACAGAGCCCCUCUGAGCUGAAUUCGUGUUUUCCAGCGGGUGCCUAAGCUGCCUUAGAAAACCUCCUCCCUCACUUCCUGGUAAGCUUUUCCUCAGCCUAAACCAGGUUUUCAUCCCUGCGGCAGGCAGCGCAGGAGAAAUGAGCUGGGGCCUCUGCUCCCUCCUAGGUAGCUCCCGCCCUAACCCUCUGCCUUUGCAGAGGACUAUCACCUCACGCACCCGGCAGGAUGAGCAGGCUCAGUCCUCAGUUUGCUUUGGGCAUUUAGACUCACCCCGCCUGCUUCUGUCUCCGGCACCAGAAGGCCUCCGGUCACCAGUGGUUCCUCAGUUUUCUCAUCCAAUUUACAGUUUUCCUCACUUCAGGAUAGUGUUAAUAUUACGGUAUAUUUUUUUUCAAAGCUAUUUUUAAAUAGUUUGUAAUUUGCAACAGACUUGUAACCUGGUUGAGACUGAUACUAUCAUAACGAUCAUAAACUUUGGAUUUAACAGAAUCCAGGAGAUAAUGUGUGUCCGUGAUUUUUUUCAGAUUUGUAUACCAUUGGCCUCUGUAGAUCACCAGAGAUGUCCACCCCCUAAGUGACAGAUGUUUUAUUCAUGCGUGCCUUCAGGCUGGGUAGACCCUCACAGAGCUCUGGGCAAGCACUUUGAGUAGGAGGUAGCUUUGAACAUGUGAUGACAGGGUCCACCCUCUCUUACUUGAGAAAAAUGGGACACACACUGGACUAUAGACGUGAAAAUAAAAUUUUUUUCUCAAGUA